GCGGCGGCUCGGGAGCCGCACGUGCGCCCGGUGCGGUCCCGUCCGGCCCGGUCCCGUCCGGCCCCGCCGCCAUGGGCCGGACCCGCCGCCGCCACAACUGGAAGGCGCGUCUGCCGCCCGGCCCCGCGCAGGGCCCGCCCGCCGCGCAGCCGCUGGAGCUGCCGCUGGAGCUGGGAGAUGAAGCAACACUGAAGGGAAUCGAUGGAAGUAAUGCCCUGGUCCUGCCAGGGAAAAAAGCAAAGAAGAAAAAAAUAGCCCAUGUUGUGCAACAGCAGAAGAAACCUCUGAGCAAGAAGCAGAAGAAAAACCUGCAGAAAGUUUUGGAGCAGAAGGAAAAGAAAAAGCAGCGAGCUGAGCUGCUGAGCAAGCUGAAUGAAGUCCAGGCUUCUGAGGCAGAAAUGAAACUUCUGUACACAACUUCCAGACUGGGUACUGGGGAGCGCAUGUAUCAGACUAAAAGGGUGAUACAGGAGCCAGAGGCUGUGGCACUUGAAAAGAUCAGGAGCAUCGGUGGUGCAAAUAAGAGGAGACGCAGCUCAGAUUCAGAAUCAGAGCCUGAGGAAGAACCCAGUAGCUCUGAGGAGGAGCAGAAAGAGCAGAAACAAGAAAUUGAGAAAUCCUCAGCUAGUGAUUUGGAUACUGCUGAAAAGCCAGUGGAAAGCGUGAAGAAGACAGGGGCUGACCAGCAGUCAGCUGGUCCUAGUGCACCAGUUUGCCAGGCAGCCUCCAGCAAACCAUCUUGCAAGCCGGCGGUGUUUGUUCCGGUGGACAGGUCUCCUGAGAUUCAGGAAGCAAGACUAAAGCUUCCAAUCCUUGCUGAAGAGCAAGUAAUCAUGGAAGCCAUUAGUGAGAAUCCCAUUGUCAUCAUAUGUGGAGAGACGGGAAGCGGUAAAACCACACAAGUACCACAGUUCCUCUAUGAAGCUGGCUAUGCCAGUUCAGGUGGUGCUAUUGGGAUCACUGAGCCUCGGCGUGUGGCUGCAGUGUCCAUGUCCCAGCGGGUCGCUAAGGAGAUGAACUUGUCACACAGGGUGGUUUCAUAUCAAAUCCGGUAUGAAGGCAACGUUACGGAUGAAACCCAAAUCAAGUUCAUGACGGAUGGAGUGUUGCUGAAGGAGAUUCAGAAGGACUUUCUGCUUUCAAAGUACAAGGUUGUUAUCAUUGAUGAAGCCCACGAGAGGAGCAUGUACACGGAUAUCUUGAUAGGCCUCUUGUCUCGCAUCGUGCCUCUUCGAGCCAAGAAGGGGCUGCCCCUGAAGCUGAUCAUCAUGUCAGCCACCCUUCGGGUUGAAGAUUUCACCGAGAACAAGAGGCUGUUUGCUGUUACACCUCCUGUCAUUCAGGUAGAUGCAAGACAAUUCCCUGUAACCAUUCAUUUUAACAAGAAAACCCCCCUGGAUGACUACAGUGGGGAGUGCUUCAGGAAGGUGUGUAAAAUCCAUCGGAUGUUGCCCUCAGGUGGGAUUUUGGUGUUUCUAACAGGCCAGGCAGAAGUUCACUCUCUCUGCAGAAGGCUAAGGAAAGCCUUUCCAUUCCAAAAAAACAACACUGCAGGAGGAGAUUAUGACAAAGAAGAAUCAGUGGAAGAGAUCAGAAAAUUUAAGAAGUCGAAGAAGCGGAAGAAAGUCAUGACACUCCCCAAAAUUGAUCUGAACAAUUACUCUGUUGUACCAGUGGAUGAAGAAGAUGAAGACAGAGACAUUGAAACUGAUGAUGAUGUUGCAGGCUCUGAUAUCGACCUUGACUUAGGAGAUGGAGACUCAGAAGAAGAUGAGAAACCAGAUUCGUCCCUUCCGCUCUAUGUGCUCCCGCUCUAUUCUUUACUAGCACCAGAGCAACAAGCAAAGGUGUUCAGGCCUCCUCCUCCGGGCACCAGGCUGUGUGUGGUAGCCACCAAUGUGGCUGAAACAUCACUGACCAUCCCAGGCAUCAAAUACGUGGUUGACUGCGGAAAGGUCAAGAAACGUUUCUACGACAAGAUGACGGGGGUUUCGUCUUUCAGAGUCACCUGGAUCUCUCAGGCCUCGGCCGACCAGCGGGCAGGCCGGGCGGGCCGCACGGAACCAGGACACUGCUACAGGUUAUAUUCUUCAGCAGUCUUCAUGGACUUUGAGAAAUUUUCUGCUCCAGAAAUAACAAAGCGACCAGUAGAAGACUUGAUACUGCAGAUGAAGGCAUUAAAUAUAGACAAGGUAAUCAACUUCCCAUUUCCAACACCACCUCCAGCAGAAGCCCUUGCAGCAGCGGAAGAGUUGCUGAUAGCUCUGGGUGCCUUGAAGGAGCCCCCUAUGACAGGAAGGCUGAAGCAGCAGCUGGCAGCAAAACUGAGCUGCCCUAUUAGUCCCCUGGGCAGGAUAAUGGCCACUUUCCCCGUCGCCCCCCGCUAUGCCAAGAUGCUGGCACUGAGCAGGCAGCACCACUGCCUGCCCUACACCAUCACCAUCGUGUCUGCCAUGACCGUCCGGGAGCUGUUUGAGGAGUUUGACAGGCCAGCAGUCAGUGAGGAAGAGACGGCUAAACUGAAGGGGAAGAAAGCCAAGUUUGCACAGAUGCAGAGGAUCUGGGCUGGGCAGGGCCCGAUGCAAAAGCUGGGAGACCUCAUGGUGAUGUUAGGGGCAGUGGGGGCCUGUGAGUACGCGGGGUGUCCCCGAAACUUCUGUGAGGAGAACGGGCUCCGGUACAAAGCCAUGCUGGAAAUCAGGCGCCUGAGGGGGCAGCUGACAACAGCAGUGAACUCUGUCUGCACUGAUUCUGGCCUCUACGUUGAUCCGAAGAUGAAGCCCCCAACAGAAGCUCAAGCAACUUACUUGAGACAGAUUGUGCUGGCAGGGCUGGGGGACCACAUUGCCCGGAGGGUUCAGGCAGAAGAGCUCCUGGAUGAAAAGUGGAAAAAUGCCUACAAGACUGCUCUCCUGGAUGACCCAGUGUUCAUCCAUCCAAGCUCAGUCCUCUUCAGAGAGCUCCCAGAGUUUGUGGUGUAUCAAGAAAUUGUUGAGACUACGAAGCUGUAUAUGAAAGGUGUGUCUGCUGUCGAACCCGAGUGGAUCCCUGUCCUGCUGCCACCAUACUGCCACUUUGGGAAGCCUCUGGAAGACCCUCCCCCAUCUUACUGUCCCCAGACCGGCCGAGUCCGAUGUCACAGGCCAAGUGUCUUUUACCGAGUUGGUUGGCAGCUCCCUGCUGUGGAGGUUGAUUACCCAGAAGGUAUCGAUCGCUACAAACUCUUUGCCAGGUUCCUGCUGGAGGGAAAGGUCAUUGCAAAGUUGAGAUCUUACAGCCAGUGUCUGUUGUCCAGCCCCCUCAUAAUGCUGAAGACCUGGUCCAAGCUCCAGCCCAGGACAGAAUCCCUCCUACAGGCUCUGGUUGCAGAAAAAUGUGACAAUCGUGAUGCUUUAUUGGCUGCAUGGAAGAAAAAUCCUAAAUAUUUGCUGGCAGCCUAUGGCCAGUGGGUCCCUGAAGCUCUGCGGGAUGACCUGGCCCAGCACUGGCCACCAGUGGCCCUGGGAGGUUCCUGACCCUGUUCCUGAUGGACUCCUCUUCUCCAAGACAUUUCCAGAGCUUGAGUUUCCAUGGAAUUCUGCUGACACAGACGGACUUGCUCUUAGAGACACUUGUUUGAAAGAGUACUGGGGGUGACUCUGGUUUUCUGGGAAGCCUCCUCUCUUCCCAAAAACCCUACUGGCUGCUUCCCUGAUAUCUUGUAAUAUCAAAAUUUGGAUAAUUUUAUCCAUUGUAUUUUUACAUAUAUAUUUUUUUUAAUAAUCAGAAGUUUCUCUUUGGACUAUAUUAGUCAUAUGAACUCUAAUAAAUGUGUCUAGUUCCUG